ACGCUGCGCAGUGCUUAUGAAGAGUUCACUUCAGGGCAUUCAUAAAAGAUGGCAAAAACUGCGAGAGGUCAGAGAGAAAAGAAAGUUUGUGAAAGAUUAGAGCGAUGGCAGCAGUUGAAUUCAAGUGAGCAAAUGAAAAGGAGGAGACCAAUUCACAAGGGCUCCACAAAAGGGUGUAUGAAGGGAAAAGGAGGGCCUGAAAAUGGGCGGUACAAUUAUAGAGGCGUUAGACAGCGUACGUGGGGUAAAUGGGUGGCUGAAAUCAGAGAGCCCGAGAGAGGGAAGCGCCUUUGGCUUGGCACUUUCGACACAGCCCAUGAGGCUGCUCUUGCAUAUGACCGUGCUGCUCUAAUCAUGUAUGGAUCUUCUGCCCGCCUCAAUAAUCCUCCUCCUCUUCUUUCUCCAUCUGAGAAUUCUACUAAUUCUGGCUGCUCCAGUUUUGACAUUGAGCUGCAAGGUGAGCUAAGUGAAAUUAAUAUAGAAGAGUUUAUGAUGAUGUUUGAUGAUGGAGGAGAUGAGAAUUUGGCUACCGACCUUCCUGCAAGUCUUUUCGACUAGAUUGAUUUGUAAAAUUACAUGGGAAUUCUGUUUAUGGUCAUACCUUAUGAUUGUUACAUUGUAUUCAAUGUUUUUCUUCA